AUGGGGAAGAAUUCACGCUUAGAAACGUGGUUACAGUACCGAGUAAGGGUUACUAUAAGCGACACAAGGUACUUUGUUGGUACCUUUCUUUCCUAUGACAGACAUAUGAAUUUAGUUUUAGUAGACACGGAGGAGUUUCGAAAAGUAAAGAGUCAGGAGAAUUCUUUUAAGGAAAUAAAGAGAGUAGUAGGUUUGAUUUUAAUACGAGGAGAGAACGUUGUUUCUUUUACGGCUGAACGAGCUCCAGUCAAUAAGAAGUCCAUGACUAACGUUGUGAAUAAAGGCAUAGCAACUGGAAGAGGUGUACCAUUAAAUAAUUAUGUACCAAUGCAGGGCAAUUUUAACGCAAAUUUAACAAAUCCAAUAAGUAAUAUGCCAACAGGUAUGGUAUUAAAUGCAGGUACAACAAAAAAUUUAACUCCAGCUGUUAACCCGAAUUUUAGAUCGCCAAAUAUGCCUUUAAAUAAUCAAAGACAAAUGGUGCCUAUGAAUAUGCAAAUGAAUCAACCACUUGGAAACACAAAUAAUACACAGCAAAGAAUUUUACCACAAAUUCCUACGCAGCUUCCCUUCCCCCCUAAUAUGAAACCUCCAACAUAA